GAUAAUUUAGGUGAAAUUGUGAAAUGGGUUUGAUGUGGGGAGUUAUUUAGUCUUUAAUUGAUUGAUUGUAGCCAAAAUCUAGUAACGAAAAAUCGGUGGUUGGUUAAUCGAAAGAUUCCUCACCGGUGGAUUCUUGAACUUUUCUUCAACAUUUCGUCUGUUUUGAUACGGACGCUCUGUUCUUGAGUCUUGCCUUGGAAUCGAUGGUAAUUCCGAGUUUUUGGGGAUUUUUAUGAUCUGGUACUGAUUGCGCCUGUGUUUCGAUCUGCUGACCUCGAAAUGCCUGCUUAAGCUAUCUCAUGUCUUGAUUCCUUCAAAUCAGGUUCUAUUUGGCGUCUGCUACUGCAAUGGAUGGUAGCUUUCCCCAGGAUUCAAAAUCUCCCUUAACUGUUAUGCCAACUAAAACACCAGAUGGUGACCAACAUUUUCUCUUGUAUUUAAUCGCUGGUAUCUACUUUGGGCCUGACCUCAAAGGUGAAAGGCCAUUGAAGUCAGUUCUGCAGAGGCUUGCUGCGGCAUUUCCUCCCUAUACUUCUGAUCAACUUGCUGGAUCUCAAAUAAAGGUGGUGGAAGUAGAGCGCAUCUUUUAUUAUGUUUUGAGGAAGGCUGAUGAAUCUCUUAUUAUGAAAACGUCUUUACUGCACCAGUUCUUCCAAGGGAAGUUCCCUGCGCAAGGACGAGAUAUUAGUUUUCCUCAGUUUCCUGAUCUGUUUCCACCCGAACUCCAUCCCCAUUCUCGGUCCAAGAACUGGUAUAGGUUUAUCGAAAACCUUUCGUUUAUCCAUAACCCAGAUGUCAGCUAUCUCAACUCUGAGGAUGUUGAAAGGUUCAAGAGGCUAACAGGGCUCAAUGACUUCCUUUUGGAUAGAGAUGCAGCAAGGUCGCACAAUUUUUCGGUUCGUAAAGUCCCUUCCAAUGUUGAAUCUACAGAUAAUCAUAAUACAUCAAAUAAAGAGUUCUCUCCUCUUAAAGAUGAGUUGCAAUAUGACUCUGUUCGUAGUGGUUCAUAUAAUGGUAGCUUGACACCUCCUCAAACUAAAUAUGACUGUAAUCUUGAGGAGAAGAAAUUUGGUCCAGCAAUGCUAUUUCUUCCCAGACAACCAUGUGAAGAAGAUUGGGCGAGUGUCGUAGCUGCUAACGAUACAGGAUUUGCAUUGACUGGAACUGCAGCAAUGGGGCACGUUGGACCGAUAAUUGGAUUGAUGGACAUUGGAGAAUGUGAAGACUCGUACUUGUUUCGUGUGUCGCUUCCUGGCGUUAAAAGAAAUGGAAAGGAAUUUAACUGUGAAGUUGAAAAGGAUGGCAGAGUAGUGAUACAAGGAGUUACAACAACAGGUGAAAGAACAGUGAAAAAGCAUUCUCAAGUGUUUGAAAUGGUAACCCACAACCUGUGCCCACCAGGAGAAUUUUCACUCUCAUUUCAGCUACCUGGCCCCGUUGAUCCUCAACAAUUCUUAGUUAACUUUGGCAUCGAUGGGAUUCUUGAAGGAGCUGUGAUGAAAGAAUUUCAGCCAUGAAUAUUGGUAAUUUACCUUCCUCCCUUGAUUCAAUGGAUAAUAAAAUAGAUCCAAUUCUCAAUCUCCAUAGAAUGUACUUUACAUAGCAUCAUCCCUUUCUUGUCUAGACUUUGUAGAGAUCAGUUGGGCCAAUAUGAGCUGCUUCAUUAGCUUAAACAUAGGCAUCCAAAAUUAGAACAGAGGUCAAUGGACAUUUGAUUACGCUAAAUUUAACUCUUUU